UCAUACAUGGCAUAAAAUUAGCAGCAGCAUUGAAUAGCAAUAAAGGAUAGUGUAGUAGUCUUUCCUGUAUCUGUUUCUAUUUAUUUCCUUAAUUUUCAAUAUAACUAGAAAAAGUGUAAAGCAAUCAUUUCAUUUUAUUCUAUUUCUAGUUCUACCGUUCUUAACAAAUUUUCCACUUAAAACUCACUAUCAUUUAUAUCCUUUUUAUUUCUUUCUUUUUCCAGUCCCCCGGCCACAUAUUUCUUUACCUAUCAAAGUGUAAAUGUUUUGCCUAAUUCAAAUUUAGAACUAUUUAAACUCUCUUGUAGUAAUGGUAUAAGUACAGGUAAUAUGAAAAGGUGAUCGAUCGAUCAUUCAAUCAUUUUAUUUGACAAUAGAAUCUUAAAAAAAUGAUCAAUACAUUGCUCCUUGUAAUGUGUCUAGUAACUAGCGGUGCUAGGCAUAAAGUUCAUGGUACUCAAAAUGUACUACAAGAAGAUUUGGAGUUGGAAAGACAACUAGAGCUCCUUAACAAACCUCCUAUCAAGAGUAUUCAUACAAAUCUUGGGUACAUUGUUGAUUGCAUUGAUAUUAACAAGCAACCAGCAUUUGACCAUCCUUUAUUGAAGAACCACAAGCUCCAGAGAAAACCCAGCUUUCAAAAAUCAAUAGGAAAAACAAGUGUGAAGAAAUCACCAACUAGGCCAUUACUUGUGCUUCAGAAGGACCAGUGUCCAACAGGGACUGUACCUAUUCGAAGAACAACAAAAGAUGAUCUCAUUCGUGAAAAAUCAUUCUUAAAUUAUCACAUAAUGACUCAAGAUAUUCCCGGUGUUCAUAUUGCAGAAGUAUCUCUUUCAUCAUUAUAUGGUCCUUAUUAUGGAGUUAUUGGAUCAAAUAAUGUGUUUAAUCCAAGAGUUAGUAGGAAGGAUCAAGUUAGUUCUUCUCAUUUAUGGGUUCAAAAUGGACCAGUGGAAGCUGCUAACAAAAUCGCUGCAGGAUGGCAUGUGGCUCCACAAUUAUAUGGUGAUGAUAAAACCUAUAUUUACUCGGCAUGGACGUCAGAUAAUUUCGAGCGGACAGGGUGCUACAAUAUUCGAUGUUCAGGUUUUGUUCAGAUAAGCAAAGUAAAUUACCUUGGUACACAUGUGAACAAUUAUUCUACCUACGGUGGAACGCAGCUUGAAUUUAUCAUUUCUAUUACUCAGGAUCCAGUGACCAAAAACUGGUGGUUAAAUAUGGCAAAUAUAAAUAUUGGAUAUUUUCCAGCAGCCUUGUUCUCCAACAUGACCUCAGCUGAUCAAGUGGGGUGGGGUGGGCGAACAAGAACUCCUCCUAAUACUCCUAGUCCCCCAAUGGGAUCUGGACACUUUCCUGAUCAUACUUUUCAUCAUGCGUGUUAUUUUACAUUUGUCUCGUUUCAAAAUGAAGCAACAAGAAAUUAUGGAAUUGGACCACAUGGAGCACAAACAUUCUCUGAUAGAUCUGAUUGUUUUGGUGUUCGAUACUUGGGAUAUAUUGCAGAGGAGGUUGGAUAUUCUCUCCAAUUUGGAGGACCCGGUGGUAGUUGUGGAAAUUAAUUAAUUUUUAUAAGCAAGCUUUGUCAGAUAUUUGAAAAUAAAGUUGUUCGUUUUGUCUAACUACGUAAUUGUAUUGUUCGUAUCUUUUUUGUUUGUGUUUUUGUCUUCCAUGUACUUUCGUUUAAUGUUGACAAAUGACCAAUGGAUUUUCA